AUGGCUUUGUUGCCCGUUGACUCUCCUCCUACUCCUUCCAAAAUUAAAGGAAAGGGGAAGCUCUCUAAAAUUGAAUUUUCUGGAGGAGAGAAACAACGAGAUUCAGGCCAUCUUUACAAUGGGGUCAAACUGGGUGGUGGCUACUCUCUAAGAGACCAUUGGGAAGCCUUGGUUGAGAAGGAGUCUUCUAAGAAGGAAUUCCUUUGCUUGGUAGAGAAGAUGUUGAAGCUACAAAAGAACUUGGUAAAGAAAGUAGCAAAGGAGAAUGAGGCCUUUUCCCUCAAAGUUUUUGAGCUCUUUUCUACCUUGAAGAGAAAGCACUUCAAGCUCUUUGAUGCCCUGGAAAAGAAAGAGUUCGAGCUCAUCAAGGCUGUCAAAAUUGCUACUUAUUCGGCUAUAAAGGAGUUCAACGACUCUUUUGCAUUUAAGAAAGGGAUGCUUGGGAAUUAUGACAGUGGUUUUAAGUACUUUAGGGAUCGAGCCAUACGUGCAUUUCCAGAGCUUGACUUCUCAAAGAUCUAUCUGAGGAUGAUCCACCCUCGGUCAUCGAGAAGAAAUGAGACAAACAAGAAAAGGCCGGUGAUGAGGAGACCUGCUCGACUGUUGUGA